CUUUCCAAUGCGCUGGGUCUCCGGGUGCGCAGCUCUGGCGCCCUCCAACCAGCGCGGUGCCCUCCGCGAGGCGCCGCCGCCCCCGCCGGGGGCCCGGCGCACGCCGCUGCCGCCCCGCCCGGUGCCGCGGGCCCUGCGCCCAGAGCUCGACCCCCGCGUGGACCCGUCGAUGCUGAUGCGGUUCGACCCCCCGGAGCACCUCCGCACCGGCGCUGCGUUCGUGGUGCUGCCCGGUGGCAACUACGAGAAGUGCAGCAUGUUGAACGAGGGCCAGAAGGUCGCCGUCUGGCUCAACAGCCUGGGCAUCACGGCCUUCGUGCUGAGGUACCGGUGCAUACCCGAGGGGCACUACUGGCCGGCCCCCAUGGAAGACCUGGAGCUCGCCGGUGCGCCUCGUGCGCGCGAGCGCCACCGAGUGGCGGGUGGACCGCGCCCGCGUGGGGGUCAUCGGCUUCUCCGCGGGCGGCCACCUGGCUGGCGCGGCGGCCGUCGCGCGCGACGGCGGGGUGCGGCCCGACGCGCAGGUCCUGGUGUACCCCUGCGUCGACUGCACCAAGCCGGCCUGGUGGCCGUGGAGGCCCGAGGAGGGCCACCCACCCCCAGAGGAGUCGCUGCACCUGCUCGUGCACGCGGAGGUGCCGCCGGCGUUCCUGGCGGUGUCCACGCAGGACGGCCUGUGCACGGCGGAGGACAACACGGUGCCCUACGAGGCCGCCCUCGCGGCCGCCGGCGUGCCCGUGGAGCACGUCGUCUGCCCCAUGGGCAAGCACGGGCACGGUGUGCGGCCGGAGUGGGCGGGGCCGUGCGAGGCCUGGCUGCGGCGGCUCGGCUGGGCGGCGGCCGGCGGCGAGUGAGGGCCCUCGGCCGCGGGCGGGGCGCGCGGGCCGCCGCUGCUGCCGCCGCCGCAGCGUUCCCAGCGCUCACAGCACGGAUCCUCGGCGCGGCCCUGCCCCGGGUGUCGGGGGCCUCGAGGCGGGGGUCCGCGCAAGCGGGGGUCCGCCAGGGCGCCUGGUCCUGCAGGAUCCUGCGGGGCCAGGGGCGCACUGAGCCGGGUGUGGGUGCAGGAUCCUGCGGGAUCCUGUAGGCCUCUGCAGGAUCCUGCCAGGCCUGACUGACCUGGGUCUGGAUUGACCCGGGUCAGCAGAUCCCCGAUGGCGAACGCUGGCUGAAAAGAGCGCACCGUCGGAUGUCAGGAGCCGCCCUUCUCUUCGUGCCUCGUCGUGUCCUCGGUCUGUCCCCUGCGGAGCGCCGCCGCAGCACGGCCGAAGAAGAGAAAGC